AUGGCUGAAGAGGGAAAGGUGAUCGCCUGCCACAAAAUGAAGGCUUGUAAGAAGCAGUAUAAGAAGGAAAAGCGAUUGAUUGUGGUGGAUUUUAGUGCUUCUUCCAAGAGUCCAGAUCUGGCAGAGUUGGAGAAGAAGAUGCCAAAUUUCAAAUUCUUGAAGGUGGAUGUUGAUGAAUUGCCAUCUGUUGCUAGAAAAUGGGCAGUUGACGCAGUCCCAACCUUUUUAUUAUUGAAACGAGGAAUAUUACUCGGCAAGGUUGUUGGUAGGGAGCAACUGCCAUUGGCCAUUGCAAGGCAUGCUGGUGGUGCACACAGGACUUUAGGUCGGUGCAAAUAA